AUGAUUGGUAAAACACUUGCCUUGCUUAUUGUGGCCGUAAAAAUCGUGUCUGCAAGUCUCGAAUCAUCUGGGCUGUCUGUCAAAUUAAACGACGUGGAUUACUUCAUCUCGCCAAUCUCCCAGGGAAGAGCAUAUGAUCAGCCACUUGACGCCAAAACUCGCGGCGGCCAAUUCGGUUUUGUGCCCGUGACAAUGAUUGCGGAGACAAAUAGCAAUAUAGCUGGUCUCCUCACCGAUUGGUCAACAAUCGACGACGUUUGGCAGCCUGGAUUUCUUAACACCAUCAUCCUCGCCAGCUCUGGCAGAUCUGGAUCCAGGCCUGUGAGCGGGACCUACUACGCCAACUUGAAAUCCGAGAUCCUGCCUCUGAAAGAGCGUAGCCAGAUUCCUUCCGGUCCUUAUUUCCUCGACACUUAUACAGGAGAGGUCCAUCAAGCUUUUCGCCUCUACGAUGACUUCGCCGGCGCUUUCACUCAAUCUUUACUACAGAAGCCGGAUGGGACAUUCCAAACCUUGUCCGCUCAUGUCCAAUCCUCGGCCUCAUUAACCAUUGGCGUACCAUCCCGUCUCUAUUUCACACCGACCAAGGAGAAGCCUUUAGCUGGUGUUCGCGUUGGAGUCAAAGACAUCUUCACCCUCGCUGGUGCAAGGAGAUCUAACGGCAAUCGAGCGUGGUAUGGUCUUUAUCCUCCAGCCAGCCACACUUCCGCCGUGAUGCAAAAUCUGCUAGAUGCGGGUGCCAUUAUUGUUGGCCUUCAGAAAUUAUCGCACAUUCAGAUGUCGUUGGUUGCCUAUCGAACUAAAAUGCGCAUUGACGCACCUAGCGUGGUCCUUUUGGCAAGUUUGAACCAACAAGGUGUCGCAACCGGAUCCUUGUCCUGA